GCCUGAGGCGGAGAAAAUGUAACUUUUUUCACACCUACCACCCCUCUCCGCUAGAGGGAGCGCGUCUCCCUGGGCAUUCGGCUUCAAUGAAAGCAACACAAAACCCUCUUUAAGGAGAGCAGGCAGACGGUAUUCCUGACCAAAAUAUUCUUCUUUAUCACACAUUUCACCCUUUAUUCUCUGUUUUUAUAAAGCGGAAUACAGUGACAUGAGAACAUGGAUCGAUAAUCGCCUUUGAAACCCAUCACUUCAUGGAAUAUUUGCGCUGAUAUAGAAGAUUAUUGGGAACUCCGAAGGAAGGCAAGGCAAGAAAGGGAUAAACAAAAAAAUUCAACUGGCGGGUGAAAGAGGCGAGAACCCCGUUCUGGAGGGGCAUCUGGGGACCCCCUGCGCUGGAUGACCGCUGUUCACUUCUCCCCGGCGGUCUGCAAUGGGGGAGACUAAAGUUAUUUACCAUCUCGACGACCAGGAAACUCCAUACCUGGUUAAACUGCCCAUCCCUGCCGAAAGGGUCACCCUUUUGGACCUGAAAAAUGCUCUCAAGAAGCCAAACUUCAAGUUUUUCUUUAAAUCUAUGGACGAUGACUUUGGGGUGGUCAAGGAGGAAAUUACAGACGACAAUGCAAAGCUUCCCUGUUAUAAUGGCCGUGUGAUUUGCUGGCUGGUGUCAUCGGAUGGCUCCCACUCAGAUGGAUGUUCGGUGGCUGAGAGUCAAUCCGAGCGGCCACCGUCUCAUGAGAGAAGCCAAGGCAUUGGAGAUUCCAGACCCCCGUCCUUCCAUCCAAAGGCUGUAGGCAGCCAGCAUGGAGUAGAUGACGACACAGAGACUGAUUCAGUGGUGUCACACAGGAGGGAGAGAUCAGACAGAUCACGCAGGAAACACUCACAUGAUCACUCAGGAGCACGAUCGAAUGGCUACUCUCGUGGAGGCAAAGGAAUGGAUCUGGGAGGUUUUGACAUCUGUGACAGCCGUUCUUCUCUCAUGAGCAGUGAACUGGAAUCAAGCAGCUGUUUUGACUCGGAUGACGUCUCCACCAGCCGUUUUAGCAGUGUUACAGAGCAAAGUAGCUCAUCUCGGCUAAUGAGACGGCAUCGCCGCCGGAGACGCAAACCUAAAGCCCAACAAAUGGAGAGGUCGUCAUCUUUCAGCAGCAUCACUGACUCCACCAUGUCACUGAAUAUCAUCACUGUCACUUUAAAUAUGGAGAAGUAUAACUUUCUGGGCAUCAGUAUUGUGGGUCAGAGUAAUGAACGGGGUGAUGGAGGCAUCUACAUCGGCUCAAUAAUGAAGGGCGGAGCGGUAGCAGCUGACGGACGCAUCGAGCCUGGUGACAUGCUGCUUCAGGUGAAUGACAUCAACUUUGAGAACAUGUGCAAUGAUGAUGCUGUACGCGUGCUGAGGGAGAUUGUGCACAAGCCUGGACCUGUCUCGCUCACUGUAGCCAAGUGCUGGGACCCAAACCCGAACAGCUGCUUCGCUUUACCCAGGAGUGAGCCCAUCCGGCCCAUUGAUCCUGCAGCAUGGGUGUCCCAUACAGCAGCCAUGACGGGCGUUUACCCCCCCUAUGGCAUGAGCCCUUCCAUGAGCACCGUCACCUCCACCAGCUCCUCCAUUUCCAGCUCCAUCCCAGAGACUGAGAGAUUUGAUGACUACCACCUGUCCAUCCACAGCGACAUGGCAACAGUUGCAAAAGCGAUGGCCUGUGCAGACUCAGGACUAGAAGUUCGAGACAGGAUGUGGUUGAAGAUCACUAUAGCCAAUGCUUUCAUAGGCUCAGAUGUGGUCGACUGGCUGUUUCAUCAUGUGGAAGGGUUUGCAGAUCGCCGUGAAGCACGCAAGUACGCCAGCAACCUGCUGAAGGCCGGCUUCAUCCGCCACACUGUCAACAAAAUCACCUUCUCUGAACAGUGCUACUACAUCUUUGGAGACCUUUCUGGCAAUAUGGCUCACCUCUCUCUGCAUGACCACGAUGGGUCGAGCGGGGCAUCUGAUCAGGACACUCUAGCUCCAUUACUGCACCCCACUGAAGCUCCCUGGCCUACAGCGUUCCCUUACCAGUACCCCACAACACAUUCCCACCCGGAGCCAGCUCACAACUACUCUGAAGCAGGUGGAGGCAGUGCAGGCAGCCAGCACAGUGAAGGGAGCAGUGGUUCAAACUGCAGUUGGAGCCGGACUGAAGGGAAAACAGCAACUGGAGACUUCAGGUUGGGAGGGGGCAGCGAGAUGGGUGAUGCACUUGAGUUUGACUUCCGCAGAGACAGAGCUCCUAGUGAGCGCUUAGCGGCGCCCCCCAGUGAGGGCAGCGUGCGGAGCUCACGAUCUCACAGCUACAGCCUGAAGCAGGGAUCAACACGAGGGUCUCCAGGGUCUCCAUCCGGCCGCCAUCUCGCCAACAUUCCCCCCGAACUCACCGGCUCACGCCGCUCUUGCAACACAGCCAAUGGGGAAUUCUUUGUCGACAUCAUGUGACUGUUUAGAGCAGAAGUGCCCAAAUAUUUUUUGCCUUAUGGAUUACAAUAAACUGACCUACUAGUGCAAGCAAUUAGAAUUAGGAUUAGAGUUGACCGAGAGAUCAGUAGCUUGUGAACCCCAACAUUAUUUAGGUUUUAGAAAUUAGUAUACUAAAACUAUAAGCAACAUCAGUUGCUUGCAUUCUGCCUCUGAAAAUUGUGUCAUCAUCUACUCAACCUCAUGUUCUUCCGCAUGACUUUCUUCUGUGGAACACAAAAGAAAAUGUCACCAUUCACUUUCAUUGGAUCUUUGUUUUCACUGAAAGUGAAAGGUGACUGAGGCUGUCAUUCUGCUUAACAUCUUUUGUGUUUAACAGUAGAAAGUAAACCAUACGAGAUUGAAACACCACAAGGGUGGCUAAUAAACCAUUUAUUUUGGAUGAAUUGUCCCUUUUUUAUGAAAUCACUUCAAAAUAGCAAUGUAUUGGAAACAUAUCCUUUUAUUGACAAAAAAGGAGACAUUUUGUGGGUAAAUAGCAAUAAUUCAAUAGGAUUUAGUUAAAAACACUAUAUCGGAGUGAGGAUUCAAGGUGAAUGUAGUCCAACCAAGGGCAUAAAUGUUAAAUUUUGAAGAGCAAUUUGUGUUGUACUCUUUUUUUUUUUUCUGCCUUUUACAUUUUUACUCAGUAAAUUUCUCAUGCAGACAUUUCAUUACUCAUGGAAAUUGUAUUUACUGAGAAUAUAUUUUUCAGUGUUUGGCAGCAAUUUUGUAUUGGGAGAAAUUUUUUAAGUACCAUGUUAAGGAGAUUUUCUUUCUUUUUUUGUUUUUAUAUAAAUAUAGUUUUAUUGUGACAAGCUUGGAGUAUCCUUGCGUUUGUGUGUUUUUGGUAAAUCUGUUCAAAUAAGGUUCUAGGAUUAAGAAUGCGUGAAAGAAUGUGACAUUUCUCUUAAUCUGGAAUCCAGAUGUUUCCUUGUUUGUCUACAUCUAUUUCCAUUGUUGGCAAAUAUUGACGUUCACCAACCUUUCUAAAUUUAAUUUCUUGAGCUUAAAAAGGCAGUCUGCAAGUAUUGUUUUGGGAAGAAACAAAGUAGCCACUGCAUGCUAAUAUUGCCAGUAGUAUUUUGUAGAAUAAAUUUAAGUUACAGGUUUAUAUUGAGGAUAAGUAUUGAACAUUGAUUUUUUUAGCAUAUUCCCUAGAUUAUCAAGUGGACAAUUAAUUCCACUGAAACAAAGAUAAUCCGACUAUGGAGCUUCACCUAGAAGAACUGUCAUGGGCUUUCACAUUUGUGUCGGGACAUGCGUUUUACAUAAUGUAUACAAUUUAUCAAAACAAUAUUUAUUGGUGAAAACAAUGUUGACCAACAUAAAAACAAUAAAACAACAAUCCGACUGUAACGGUGAAAUUUCUUUAGCUGGUGCGCCAAGGUAAACGGAGUGAGGGUCAGCUAAUGAAAGAGAGGGAGAAAUGGAGAGUUAUAAAGAUUGCAAGGAGGAGUUUAAAUGAUUCAGAAUAAUCAUUCACAGAUAAUUUAUGGUGAUUUGAAAACCCAGCACAAACUAAUAUGUCAAUGUGUAUGUGUGUUACUCAAAAAACACUUAACUGAAAUCACAAUACACUACUGUUAUGUGUUUGUUUAUUUCAGGUGCAAUAAGUCAUUUUAUGUGGUGUUUGGUAAGACAAGCAUCACUAUUACUCAAAUCUAAACAUUUUAGACUUUGGGAUCUAAACAAAGCUUAUGGACAUUUAGGCAUGAACUUCUGUACAGCUUGUGGAAAAACUAAAAUAAUUAGCAUUUAAUUUAAAGGUUAGUUGUUUUUAGAGAUUUGAGGUUACAGAGUGCUGUACACAAGCUUUAAAUCAUGACUGCACCACUAUAAAUCCUGAAGAUGUCAGUAUUUAUAGGGAGUAAAUAUUAGAGAUUUCAUAAAAUAUCCACAGUCUAGUCAGCUCUGUUGAUGGCUUGAAGCCACAGCAGUCUACAAGAGGCAUUGAUCUGUUUCUCACCCACACCUAUCAUAUCACUUCAGAAGACAUGGAUUAAAUCACUGGAGUCUUAUGGAUAAAUGUUUUGCUCCCCAAAUGUGAAUUUUGGGCCUUCAAAGUUCUGGUCACCAUUCACUUGCAUUGUGAGGACCUACAAAGCUGAAAUAUUCUUCUAAAUAUCUUUGUGUUCAGCAGAAGAAAGAAAUUUAGGAUGGCAUGAGGGUGAGUAAAUGAGAGAAUUUUCAUUUGAGUGAACUAUCCCUUUAAGAAUUUGUCAUCGAGUUCAAUUUAUGCCUUUUCCUCUUCCACUUAUUCUAAUUAAUUGUUUUGUCAUUGUUUUUAUUUUAUUUUUUUCUUCAGUAUUUGUUUGAGUUUUUUUAUUGUUUUUAUUUUAUUAUUAAACAUUAGUCUUUAAAUGUUUUUACCCUCUGGUCUGUGAAGCACGUUGAACUGUACUGUAUGAAAG